AUGUAUCGAGGAGGUCUUGUUAUCGUGCGCUGUAAUAGUGGCCCUUCCGUGAGGCACGCCGAUGAUGGAGCACUCCCUACGGUGCCGUCGCUACUUGUGGACACGGUGGACUGCGAGAACCAAGACCGUCUUGCAAAGACCCUGAGAGGCCAGAGACGACUGCCGAGGAGAUGGUGAAAUAGUGCUGCCGAUACUGCUCUGUCCGGUUGGCUUCGGGAGGAACACCCACACCGACGCCAUGACGAUGUCGGGAGUUCCACAGCGUGUAGGCGAGUGCGAAAAGACGUGGUGGCGGGUGGUUUCGCCGGCGGUGUGAAUUUUAUCGUACAGUAUCAAAGGCUGUCCCCAUGAGGGACAGAAAAGAGACGAAAGGUUAAUAAUAUGCGCGUGAGCUACAUCUUAGAUCAGUCUUUACCUCUGCGUGGGGGGUACGUAGGUCAUGAUGGACGUAAGCUACAGGGGACGGCAACGCCACCUGAGAACUGGACCGAGGGUGUCCACGACAAACGAAGAAAUGGUGCUGGCGAAAAAGUAGGAUGAUUGUGGUGGCAUGCUCGCUAAUGAGCCGUCGGGUUGGUCAGGUUUUGCCUUUCGAAACAAGGCGCGCAUGGUGACUGUUUCGCAGACGGCGUGUGGUCCGUACCGAGAUGCGUUCAAUGUGAGGGGGGUCUAUCGCAUAGGGUUUAGUGUGGUUUUGUUGAAUCCUACAGUAUUUGGUUUUACGGUACGAUGGCCAUACUUUAAAACCUGUAAACCAAUGUAUUUCAUGGGUUUUGACUGUGAUACUAAAUAAACGUACCAUGCAACAGCCCCUAGACCAUGCUGAAUGGAGAGCACGAAAACGAGUGGGGGUGGGGGGGGCUAGUUUUGCUUCCUGUAUUUUGAUGCGUGCGCCCCUUGGUGAAUUUCGUACCGCAACAACAUGACGUAAGAUAGCACACCCCAGCGACCGGUUUUCAGUCGAAAGCGUGGCGGCGCCGAAAAUGCUGGCGUUGCAACCGUCUCGUCGAGAUAUUUCCGGACACGUACUAUCAUUUUUGAUUGUGGAACCCUCGUCGCCGUGGAGUAGUCUUGCCUUGAAAAACGGUCCGGGGGGUGUGGUAUUUUGCGUCAUGUCACUUCCGGUAUGUAGCGCCCAAACGUGAGACCACCAGAAAUGUUCCCCAUUGGAGCGGAGGUGGCAGGGUUCCCCCCGCACCCCUUUUGACACCGCCUUGUUUAAAGGGUUGUUGGUUGUUGGAUCACUCCUCGCGUGAUGGGUUGUUGGACCAUUCCCCGCCACCUGAUGUCCAUCAUAUGUGCCAUAUGUGCCAUGUGCAUUUCUUGAUGACUGCCGCCGACGGCGAGGGACGAGGAAGAAACACGAUAGGCUAGCUUGGUAGGGCUACCUGGAGUGCAGGGGAUUCCGACAAGACCUGCAACGCCAGCACGUUUGUUUGCUGUUUUUGUUGGAUUGAGAACGAACUCGUCUCAAGAGGGGUGUCGUAAGGCCUCGUUAUGCGCCAUGCGGUGGCGCUGCCUCUUGCCUGGGUGGCACUGUCAUCGUUGUCUCGUAGAAGUACGGCAGUAUGUCCGAUUCUUUAGCACAACGGCCCGGCCGAUAUGUACGGUGGCGAUAGGUGUGUGUUUGAAGCACCCCUAUACUUGUAGUUAUGUUUCCUCUUUGACCUAUAUAGGGAGGGAGGUAAACCGAUUAUUCCGUCCCCCCCGGGUGUUUUUUUAGUCGCAUACGCGCCGCAGAAAACGGAAAGUUUGUUUCAUGCACAAAGAAGGUGCGCGCCUGCAUGAUGUUGGAAGCCCUGGCCUGAGUCUCUCUCUCUCCCUCCCCGUAUGGUACAUUGCUGUCUUUUUUAAUUUUUAUUGGUUGGUGUCGAAAAUUAUUUUGGUUUCUUCGGUCACUCAGAUAGUUUCUUCGAAAUCUAUCCGAGAGUCAUACAGGGGAGGUAUUGGUUAAUGGUUUAUUGGUUGGGAAUGCGAAGAACGGCAAUGGCCUGGGUCUGUGCCGGGCAUUUGACAGUGUAACGGCUGUCUAAGCGGCCGUCUCGAUCCCGUCCUCCUCCUUGUUGUUUGUCUUCUGAAGACCUUAGGAACGGUAUGGGGUGUUUUUUCUUCCCCUACUGCAGUAGUGCUGUCAAUUUUGUAACACAAGAUCGGAGCUAGAAAUGAACGCGUAGAUGCAGCGCAAAGGGGCGCGCCAGGGUAGAGUGAGAUUAUUGUGCAUAAUACCUGCGCUGCUAAUGUGCAAUCCCCAACUGCUAGCUAGCGGUGGUGGGAGCGCAGAAAUCGGCGAGGAAAGUGCAGCCUGACCUUCUCUGGUGGUCUUUUGCCAGACGUACGCUUUUCAUGUGCACAGAAAGAAAGCGUGCAGGGAGUGGAUUAGACGAAGGUUGGGUUGUUUUGAAGCGGGGAUUUUGAAGUCGUUGUAUCUUGAACGCUGGUGUGUUUAGACCCUGUUUAAAACGUUUUAUGCUGCAUGU